AGUAGUAGUAGUAGUAGUAGUAGUAAUAUUGUAUCACGGUAUUUUAUAAUAGAGCCUCAACUUAUACUAGUCUUGCCUGAAAAUCUCUCGUUUUCUAUCAUUCUCCCAUCCUGCAGGCCUGAGCCCAGACCGAGACCCAGAGAAAUGUAAACAAACGCAGUCAGACUUGAUAUACGGGUGAAUUUGUUGCUUUUUAGAGCGGCAGUGGAUCUAUACAUGGGUGAGGUGGCGAGGGGCGUGGCCAGGGGGCGGCUAGCAGCGUGUGCCACCAGGGAAAUGUGUAUGAACAUAAAAAAAGGCGCCCGUCAAGAAAGGUUUAUUGAUGAAGUGUGGAAGAAGAGGAGGAAGGAACAAUGAUAUUCGACCAGCUGCGGCAUCUGGGGGCUUCACUUGACUGGGACAGCUGUGUUUACCAUGGAUGCAGCGAGAGACUGGCCUGUGUGUCUGUCUGUACAUCCUGACGGAAGCGUUUGUCCGUCCGUACGAUGCUGGGCUGGUGUACCGCAAGGAGGCUCUCGUCAACUGGUGCUGCAGCCUUCAGUCGGCCAUCUUGGACAUUGAAGUGGACCACCUGCACCUGACAGGACCCACGGAGCUGGCAGUCCCGGGGUACAGCAAACCGGUCAGCUUCGGAAAGAUGUGGGACUUCCCUUACAGACUGGCAGACUCAGGCACACCCUUGACCUCCAUGUCCACCCAGCAGGAGGAAGAUCUGGACACCUGUUACUCCUCUGGUCCCUCCCUUUGCCUCGCUGGGCUGGCCAGGUCAGGGGAGGGGAGAGACCAUGCUCGCUUCUACGCAACGACCUUGAAGACGGGUCACGGCAUCCUCUUCUGGGUGGCUCAGGUGGUCAUGCCGGGACUCGACUUGACGGGGUGGCUUUCCUUUGAGACUGUGCUGCUGCAUGGCCUCCAGGGUGAUGGUGGCGGCCACAAGACGUCCAAGUCCUGGGGCAGUGUGAUAGACCCCCUGGAUGUUAUCAGUGGGGCGUCCCUGGAGGUGUGUGACUUGCUGGUGCUGUGUGUUCUGUACUGGUGUUCAUUGGCUGUGGUGAGCAGUACCUUGACAGCAGGUACUGUGCGAGAGGGUGGAGGGGACCCUGAAUGCAGAAGAAGUACUCACUGGUCUCGUAUGAACUCUCCCACAGGCAUCCCAGAGUGUGGAGCUGAUGCCCUUUGGUCCACCCUGUGCUCCACCAGCUUCAGGAGUCAGUGUGGCAUAGAUAGAUGUGGAUGACUGUGGUGUCUUGUCUUGUGUGGAGUUACAAGAACCGUCACCCCAAACAAUGAGUGGUGGAGGGGUGCGUUCUGCGUUGACAGCCAGCAUGAGCGGUGACAGGAGCCAUGGGUGCCUUGCCUCCUCGCACCACCACCACAAGCACCACCACUCCUGCCAUCACCUACAAGGGGGAGACUGUGAUGUGGCUGCAGGUGGAUAGGUUCGGAGGCCUCCAGAGAGCUGCCCAGAGUGAAGCUUGUG